CGAGUGUUGGUGUAUUCACAGGUAAAAAUUGUGUUCGAGCUAAAAUUUACAACAAAAUAUAGAACAACAGCGUUUUUUUAACCUUCGAUUUUGUUUUUAAUUGUUUUAAAGGUAACACUUAAUUCGGAGAGUACAGAGUCCAAAAAGUCUUAAUUAAAAUUAAAAAUACGUGACGGAAAUCAAGAUUAUUUGAAGAGAAGGAAAAACAAACAACAUACAUAGCAUGGCCUGUUCUGCGGUGACUUUAUCAAUAGCUACGAUUGGUGCAGUAGUGGCGGUAGUUUGUCUUGCUGUUGGUUUUGGUACGGACAAUUGGUAUGAGAUAAGAGUGAAUAGAACCAUCAUUCGUGCAAGACUCGAGGGGAACACAGAGGACCUGAAAAAUUUUGAAAACGAUGCGAGAUAUUUCGACAGAGAUGAAGGCCUGUUCAGAAUCUGUUUUCCACAGCAAAAGCCACGUGGUGUUUCGACCUAUGUGUCUCCCGUUCAGACAGAAUGUAUGAAUAUCAACUACUAUCUUCCUGAAAAUAAGAUUUCAGAUGAUUUCUCUGAAGAACGUUGGGAACGUCUACAUAUGGCGAGAGCUGUGAUCGGACUGUAUCUUGUGGGCUUUUUGUUUCUUUUCUUUUCGUUUUUCACGGGCGUUGCAGGAUGCUGGAAACGCUCCCAUGGAAAUAUCGUUGCCACUGGCCUUCUACAACUUCUAGCAGCUCUUGUGGACGCUGGUGCCAUGGGACUGUGGCACGGAGUUCAGUAUUACGAUUAUCAGAAACUUCGAGAUAGUAUGGCGUACUUUGGCUGGCCAGAUGUCCUGAAACACAAAGGUCACACCACCUUCAACUAUGGUUGGUCCUACAUCCUAGUUUGGAUUGGUGUGGGAAUGUGCCUGUUGACCUCCAUCUUGUUUCUUAGUUCCGCUCAUUGCCUUCGACGGGAGAAGAAGACCGAACAAGCAAAGAACAUCCAGUACCUCAUGCCUGUUUAUCCAGACAAACGACAACCGUACAACUACGCGGCUUAUCCUGGCCCUUACUAUCAAUAUGGCUACUAGGCUGGAUUUUUUUUUCAAGUCUUCCAUUUAACAACAAUGCUUAUGUUAAGACUGUUUAACCGUGUUCCAUCAGUAUAAUUUUUUUUACAAGUUGAUGUAAAUAAAGCCAUUGAAAUUUUCUUUGUUAACAUUACCAGGUACGGUGAAGACUUCGAACAGAAAACACUGUCAGCUUAAAAAAGAUGUUAGAAAAAAUAAUCCAGGCUACGUGUAUAUCGACAAGAGUAUCACUACGCAGAUUUUUAACUUUU